AUGCAUGACUCUAUAGAAGAAGGAGAAGAAGAAGCUCAUGAUCAACGUCUAAACUAUCUUCUAGUCCUAGAUGACGAGUCUCCUUUUGUAGUCCCAGUUCCUAUGCAUGUUAUAACGUCUCAUAUCAAGAAAAAGCUUCCAAUUCUAGAAUUUGGCCAACUUGAUCAUCAACAAGAAGUCAUGGAGGAUAAAUUAGUGGUGAAAUAUUGUACGAUUUGCUUGGAGUGUUUGGAGAGAAGAGAUGAGGUCAGAAAGCUCUUCAAUUGCGAUCAUGUUUUUCAUAAGGAGUGUCUCGAUUGUUGGGUCGAUGAGGGUCAAGUCACGUGUCCUUUGUGCAGAUCCAUGUUGUUUCCGGCUGAAGAAGGAAGGGAGAUCUUGAAGGAAAUCCAUGCACAAUCCAAAUCAUCAUAG